AUGUCCGAGUUUCCAGGUGUCAGAUACAGGGACCAGCUUCUAGAAGUGUGGUCGAAAAUUGCAUCACGUUUUCCGGGAAGAACCGAUAACGAGAUAAAAAAUGUUUGGAACAUUCACUUGAAGAAAAGAGUGACCAAGGAAAAUAUUGCACCACAUGUUAAUAUUAAUGUUGGACAACUUCUUGAUCAAGGGGUUCAAUUAGAUUCCGACGCUAAUUACGAAAAACCCGAGUUUCUAAACGUAAAAUCGGUUUCGGGUCAUUCUCCACCAACAUCUUCUUACGCAUCGUCGUCCGGUUUCUCCAAUUCCAACGAGGGUAAUACUAAGGCAAACGAGGCGUUGGAACAUAAUUAUUCGAAUGGGAAAAUCGAGAUCCCCUUGGAAUAUUCCGAUGUUGACUUGUGGGAGUUGUUUGAUUCUCUGGAUGAAUUGGACAACGGAGGACGUGGGAAUCGCGAUUCCGACCCUUCAAAUGCCGACAUCGGAACCGAUGGCGGGAAUUGGAUUAGGUUGUUGGAAAAUGAACUUGGGCUAACAAGUGACGUGGACAUAUUGCCAAAGGAACACAACAAUAUUGUCUUAACAACUCAACAACAGUACGAGGAGAUGCAUCAUGGAGACAGGAAUUAG